AUGUUGUUCCAGCUAGGUGUUGAAGACGAAGUUGAUGAUCUCGAAACUAACCUAAGUGCGCUCGUUGCUUUACUCUACAAGCAUCUGUGGGGGAAGAAGUAUCUGAUCGUCUUGGACGGCGUCUGCAAUGCGGAUGAUGAAUGGUAUUCUGAUUUGGGCUUGAGCUUAAGCAACAUGGUUCACUGGGGUGACCGCCUUGCGCAUGGAUUGCCGAAAGGGUAUGGUGGGGGAGUCAUUGUCACAUGUAGGAACGAGGAAAUGGCCAGGAAGAUGGUCGGAGAGGACAAUCUGCACCAGAUAAUGCCACUUUCGGAUCCUAAAAUUUGCAGGGCGAUAUUCAAGAAUUCAGCCAAGCAACAAGGAAAGCAAAUAGAUUCCACCAAAGUGUUGGAGCUGCAGGAGGAUAUCAAGAAUCAAUGUGCUGGCCUUCCCUUAGCUGCCAAAAUAAUGGGUCAAAUCUAUGAACCAACAACUUCAACAGCACCAGCAAACACUAAUCCAUGA